AUGUUUCCCUCCACCCAAUCCUUUCUCGUCCUCACUGUAUUUAUCGUCCCCCUUGUUCUCGUAUGGAGACAACGGAAAGCCCGGGCUCUACGUCUGCCUCCAGGACCACAGGGGUCCUGGCUUGGCAGCGUAGAGAUUCCCAAGCUGUAUCCUUGGCGGACAUAUUCCCAGUGGAAAGAUGAAUACGGCGACGUCGUGUAUAUAUACGCGUUUAUGAACAGCAUACUUAUCUUGAACUCUGCUCAGGCUAUUUCUGACUUGCUUGAAAAAAGAAGUGGGAACUAUUCAUCCCGACCAGUACGCACUAUGGUUCAGGAAUUAAUGGGAUGGGACUGGCUUUUUUCAUCCAUGUCUUACGGCAAUCGCUGGAAACGACACCGAAAUCUGUUCCAAAAACAUUUCCCUAUAAAUGGUACAUCUGAGCAUCACCCGUUGCAGAUUGCGCUGACACACGCGUUGCUACGGGAUCUCGAACGUAGUCCCGCUGAGUUCGGCCAUCACAUCAGACGGACAGCUGCAGCGAUUGUUCUAGAAAUCACCUAUGGCAUCAAUAUCGACGAGAAACUAGGCAAUAAUGGAGAUAAUUAUGUGAAACUAGCCAGCUCUGCUAUUUUGCCCUUUUCUCGUGCCGGCAUUUUUGGCACUUACAUGGUGGACUAUUUUCCCGCAUUGAAAUACCUACCGUCUUGGUGUGCUCCCUUUAAGCGCAAGGCCAAAGAAUGGCGAAAGAGAUCACAGGCGUUGGUUAAUCGCCCAUUCGAAGUGGUCCAAACCAGAAUGGAAAAAGGGACUGCAUCACCAUGUAUUGUGGCCCACGAAUUGGAUGACAUAGCGCUCGGUCGGGGUACUGCAGAUCUGCAAGUCGUUAAGAACGUUGCAGCUACAACUUUCGCCGCUGGCGCUGACACUGUAGUUUCGGCUCUACAGUCCUUGUUCCUCGCCAUUGCCCUGCACCCGACUGUUCAAGACAAGGCCCAAAAGGAGCUUGACCGUGUGUUAGGCAACAGGCUACCAAUGUUCUCAGAUAGAUAUCAACUACCGUACAUUGACUGCAUUUGCUACGAACUUUUAAGAUGGAAUCCAGUAACACCUCUUGGACUUGCGCACUAUGUUUCUGAAGACGAUAAAUACAGAGGAUAUAUAAUCCCGAAAGGAACCAUUGUUUUCCCUAACGUCUGGGCAAUAUUGCAUGAUCCUGACGUCUACCCCAACCCUUUUGCUUUUAAUCCCGAUAGGUUCGAAGGCAACGUUACUGCUCAAGACCUUCCAGUGUCCGGACUGAACGAGAUCCCAACUGCACCAUUCGGGUUUGGUCGAAGAACGUGCCCAGGUCGUUGGUUUGCCUUUGACUUCCUGUGGAUUUCGGUGGCUUCCAUCUUGUCUGUGUACAGGAUAACAGAAGCCACCGACGACAAAGGACAGCCUAUAGACCUUAACGGGGAACUUUACAGUUCAACCAUUCUCAGUCAUCCUCUUCCUUUCAAGUGCCAGAUCGAGCCGCGGUCCCCCACCGCAAAAGCGUUAAUUGAGGAGACCAACCUCGAAGACUGA